AUGUCUUCUACUCCGGCAAUCACACUCUGCAACCCCUCAAGGUAUGCGAGUGAAUCAAACGCUAAGACGCCCACCACGCCUCAUGCCGAGUUCUUCUACCGCACAUGGUCAGUGGCUCAUUCUACAUUGUCCAUGUGGAAGUCUGCCAAGAAUGUCAGAAUCACCUACAAGCCCAUCGAAGACGGCACCAGUUUCGAUGACCUGGUUGAGUACGAGAAGGGCGCCAAGCUAAAGAACGUCAAGGGCAUUGACACGACAUUGGGUCCCGGCUCAUACAUCUGGCGCGGAAAGGGUCUACUGAAGCCCUUCACAUCACAUUGGGAGGUGCUGGGCUGGGGCUGGGGCGAGCACAUGCCCGAUGGAGAUGCCGAGCGCUGGAUGGUCAUUUGGUUUGCCAAGACACUCUUCACCGAGGAAGGCAUUGACAUUCUCACCGAUCGCAAGGAAGGCUUGUCGGAGAAGACGCUCUCGGACCUCAAGACUCAACUCAAGAGUAUGCAAGGGUGCGAUAAAAUGGUCGCUCUUGUGGAAAAGAAGUUGAUCCCAGUCAAAGUCGAGCUGCCAUGGAUAUCAAACGAUUCUUAG